UGUUUUUUGAAGCACUGAAGAUGAACGAUCUUUUCUCUGGCUCUUUCUCUCGCUUUCGAAGCGAAGAACCUUCCCCUGAUCACCACGUAAUCGAGAUGACGCACUCCUCCUCCACCUCCGGCGGUGUUAACCUCCACAAGUUCUUCGAAGAUGUGGAGUCCAUCAAAGACGAGCUCAAAGAACUCGAUCGGCUGAACGACGACCUCUCGUCGUCUCACGAGCGAAGCAAGACAUUGCACAACGCGAGAGCCGUGAAAGAGUUGAGAGCAAAGAUGGAUGCUGAUGUAGCCAUGGCUUUGCAAAAGGCCAAGCUAAUUAAGGUGAGGUUGGAAGAACUUGACCGCUCCAACGCCGCCAGCCGGAGCUUGCCGGGGUUUGGUCCGGGUUCUUCCUCGGACCGGACGAGGACCUCGGUUGUGAACGGGCUGAGAAUGAAAUUAAAGGAUUCUAUGGAAAGUUUUAGUAGGAUGAGACAAAAGAUCUCGUCAGAGUAUAGAGAAACUGUUCAAAGAAGGUAUUUCACGGUCACCGGAGAAAACCCAGAUGACAAAACUCUUGAUCUUUUGAUUUCGACAGGAGAGAGUGAGAGUUUUCUGCAAAAAGCCAUUGAAGAACAAGGGAGGGGUAGGAUUUUGGACACGAUCAAUGAGAUUCAAGAAAGGCACGACGCCGUUAAAGAUCUGGAGAAGAAUCUGAGGGAAUUGCACCAAGUGUUCUUGGACAUGGCGGUGCUGGUUCAGGCUCAAGGUGAGCAAUUGGAUGAUAUAGAGAGCCAUGUGAACAGGGCUAAUUCAUAUGUGAGAGGCGGAGCCGAGAAGCUUCAAACCGCUAGGAAUUACCAGAAAAACACCCGGAAAUGGACUUGUUAUGCCAUCAUACUUUUGCUGCUCAUCAUCUUGUUUGUGGUGUUGUUCACUGUUAGACCAUGGGAAAACAAUGGCGGCGGCGGCGGCCGUGGAAACAAUAGUCCAACGCCAACGACACCUGCUCCACCACCACCACCUCCGGCUACUGCUUAAUCAUAGGUUGAUAUGUUAGCUAUGCGGUAUUGAUCUUUGGGAUUCUGAGUUUUUUAUUAUACAUUC